AUGCAGGGGCGAGUAGGGGAUGGACCUGCAGGAGCCGGCGCUUGUUUCGUCGGGGGGUUUCUUUCCGUAGCGGCGCCGACGUCCCGUCACUCGUUCCGUUACUCAGGCCCGCGACCCCCUCCUUCUGGGCAGACGCAGCCGGAGAGUGGCAGUGGGGAGGAGGAUGAGGAGGAGGGUGAGGGCGAGGAGGAUGAGGACGAUGAGGGGAGCGGGGAUGACAGUGAGGCCGGGUGGGAUCCCGAGACGCAUGGCGGUGGGAAAGGGGGGGAUGAUGAGGAGGACCAUGAGAUGGAUGGGUUGGAGCCAGAGGAGGUGGAGGAGGGGGUGGGAGAGGGUGGUGAAGGGGCGGCGACAGAGGCGGCCUCACAGCAUGUGGCUGAAGGAGGAGGGAGCGUGGGGGUUAAGGUGGGGAGAAAGCGGGCAUCCAUUAGGAUGCCGAAGCGGAGGAAGAGGGCGAGCAAGUUGAGGGAGCGAGCAUAUCCCUGCACAUUCACUGGGAAGCCCUUGGGCGAGGGUGUGGUCGCUCCGGAGUUCCUAGACGAGGACGGAGGGUCCGAGAGUAGUAAGGGGACUGGCAAGGCGCACAUGCACGUGUGGCAUCACCGUUACCACACUCCGUCCGUUCACUUGCCUGGGGAGACGUUUCCUCGUGGGGGCUACAAGGGUGUGCCGGAUGGCUACGUCGAUGGGUGGCCGCAUGCCAAGUCUUGGCCGCAUCUCGCAAAGAAGAAAAGGACGGCGUCCGGUGGAGCUGAGGGGUCAGGCGGGAUGGAGCGGUUCAUGACAACCAAGCUGUCCACGGAGGAGCUACGGCAGGCGAUCGCCAAGCUGGUGGUCACCUGCGACCUCCCCUUCCGCAUCGUCGAGUCCGAGGCCGUGAGUGUCCCAUGCCUAGUGGUUUGGCAGUAUGUGGUUGACUAUUUCAUACUUCUAUUGUAA